AUGACCAGGCUGUUUACGCCUUUGCGUGUUGGGCGCAUGGAGCUGUCCAACCGCAUUGCAAUGGCCCCUCUGACCCGCUUUCGUGUCGACGAUACCCAUAUUCCUCUUCCCUUGGUCAAGGAGCACUACGCCCAGCGAGCCUCUGUGCCAGGAACGCUUCUCAUUACCGAAGGAACCAUCAUCACCCCUCAAGCAGGCGGUUAUCCGAAUGUGCCUGGCAUCUGGAACGAUGCCCAGAUAGAAGCUUGGAAGGAAGUUACGGAUGCUGUACACGCCAAAGGCUCCUACAUCUACAUGCAGCUGUGGGCAUUGGGUCGUGUAGCAAAUGCAGAAAUGCUUAAUGCCUCCGGAUUCGAUCUCGUCGGUGCCAGUGAUAUUCCCGUCACAGCAGAGGCGCCCACUCCAAGGCCCCUAACCGAGAAUCAAAUUCAGUCAUAUAUCCAGCACUUCGUACAGGCCGCACACAAUGCCAUUGCAGCUGGGUUCGACGGUGUUGAGAUCCACGGCGCCAACGGCUAUCUCAUUGACCAGUUCAUCCAAGAUGUCACCAACAAGCGAACCGAUAAGUGGGGCGGUUGCGUCGAAAAUCGUGCCCGUUUCGCUCUCGAGGUGACCCGCGCCAUCACGGAGGCUAUUGGGUCGGACCGCACAGCUAUUCGCUUUAGUCCGUACAACACCUUCCAGGGUAUGAAGAUGAAUGAUCCACAUCCACAGUUCGCCUAUCUGGCACGCGAGCUAGCUCCCUUGAAGCUGGCAUAUGUGCACUUGGUUGAGGGCCGUGUUGACGGCGCCGAGAUUGUUGAGACCACGAACGAGUUAGACUUUUUCCUAAAAGCCUAUCACGGUGCUGGACCGGUGGUGGUCGCCGGUGGAUUCCAACCUGUCUUGGCGAGGGAGGCGGUUGACUACAAGUACAAGGAUCACAAUGUGAUCGUUGCUUUCGGUCGACCGUUUACCUCGAACCCAGACUUACCAUUCCGAGUCAAGGAGAAUUUGGCUCUCACCCCGCACGAUAGGAGUGUUCUAUACCUUCCAAAAGACCCCAAAGGAUAUAACGAUUGGGAAUUCAGCUCCGAGUUCAAGAAAGUUAUGCAGGUUGCAGCUUGA